GAAACCUGAAAAUAAUGAUAUCUACUACUUUUCUACUUCAAUUGAAACACUCAGUAUUUGUUAAAAAAGCUUACUCCCUACCAAUGUGACUAGAAACAAAUUUGUGGAAAUUUUAUUUUUGUAACUGACUCCUCAUCGAUAAAUAGGAUGGAUGCAAAGAACGCAGCUAACGAUGAAGAAUCUGUGUCCCACAAGCAGACAUCCAAGCAAAGCAAUAUUUUACCAUUAUGGGGCAACGAAAGAAGCAUGAACUUGAACCCCCUUAUUCUCACAAACAUUCAGAGCUCGCAUUACUUCAAAGUGAACUUGUACGAGUUAAAAACCUACCAUGAAGUGGUAGAUGAAAUAUACUACAAGGUAACUCAUAUGGAGCCUUGGGAAAAAGGCUCUCGUCGAACCUCAGGACAGACAGGCAUGUGUGGUGGGGUAAGAGGAGUUGGUGCGGGGGGCAUAGUCUCAACAGCCUAUUGCCUCCUAUACAAACUAUUCACACUUAAAUUGACUCGCAAACAGCUGAAUGGACUCAUAAAUCACACUGAUUCACCAUACAUCCGGGCGCUGGGAUUUAUGUAUAUCAGGUAUACAUUUCCACCUCCUCAGCUGUUGGAUUGGUAUGAAGACUAUCUAGAGGACGAAGAGGAACUAGAUGUGAAAGCAGGUGGUGGUCAAGUGAUGAAAAUUGGGCAGAUGCUGAGACAGUGGCUGGUCAAGUUAGAGUGGUUUUCCACUCUUUUUCCUAGGAUACCUGUGCCUAUCCAGCAGAAGAUCCAAAAGCACUUGGAGGGUCGUUUUCCACAGAGUGCGGUGCAAGCAGCAACCGCGCCUUCAGGCGGCGGGGCCGACAGAAGAUGGGGCGGCGCUGCAGGUGGCGGAGGCGGGGGAGCAGGUAGACCGCCCCCCAGGGAGGAUAUUCGAAAAAAUUUCCUGAGGGACGACGAUCGACGGAUUGACAGGGGCAUGCCACAGCACGAUUUCAGGAGCAGGGAUGAUAGGACUAAAGAUAGUGGACGAGACAGAGAGAGAGACAGUAGAGACAGGAAAUACCGAGGCCGUAGCCCAGUCAGAGAAAGGGAUAGGAGCCCUUUACGGAGACAUGGGAGCCCGCAUCAUUCCUCUCAUCAUAGCAGACACAGAGAUGGCAGAGACGAUUAUAGCAGUCGGCAUAAGAGGGACUAUAGGCAUUAAUACUCAUACCCAAAACGUCCAAACUCAUUUAUUUAGUACUUAACUUGAAUAAGCAUGCAAUGCUCGGAAACUUUCCAUAGAUAGCCUAACAUAGUGUGCAAGGCAUGCAUGUUGGAUGACGUGUCACUGCCUUUCAGACUGUCGUGAUUUUCUUUUUCAUUUUUAAGAACUCUUUUUACAAUUACCAGCAAGAUUGAGGGGUGUUCUUUUCUUGGGCUGUUUGAGUCAUGUUUUAGAAUAAGCAAUUUUAUUUAAAAAGAAAGUGGAGUCUAGCGUAUUGUAAGAUAUUUACUGCGAUCCUAUAUGGCAACAUAGCUGCGACUAUAUGAACGAAUAGCAUACUGUUCGGCGACUUCUUGCAAAAUAUGUUAAUAAAUGCCUGGUAUCAACAAACUCGUCGAUUUGACGGCAGCUAAUGAAUUCGAAUAAAUUAGAGCCUAUGUUUACAGUGCAUCGUUUCUCGCGAAAAUUGCGUAUUUUUAGUGCAUCCUUUUGACUAAUUUGACUGCCAUUGCCUACCAAAGUGUUAAUGUUGUCUCAACAUAAUAAUGCUUACCGGUGGAAAGAUAUACCUUUAUUAGUAUUAUGUCUUGAAACACAAUUAUCUGCGAACACUCGCACUUAUAAAAAAAUAACACUAAACAGAAUUUAAUGACAAAUAAAUCGUAGGCUUGCUCCUUUUACCUAGUCUGGAUUGGUUGGCGCUGUUUGAGAAUUACGUCUUCUAAACAUCGUCGGAUCUAUAAUCAAUUCAAAUCUCAUUUACUCCGCUUCAGAACAAACAUGAGCACUCGAUCGCAGCUAUUAUCCGCUUAACGCUGCCUGCCCAGGCAUUUACGGCUCGUUGGCCAAUAGGACCGCUCAAAUUUGUACAUCGCACGCUGGCGUUUGAUUUUGUGUUUUGGAAUACUUACGGCCGUAAGUCAGUCGUUCCUGCAAUUGUUGGAUGCCUUUAUGGCCUUUUCAUAGUUUUCUACUGCUCCGCGUCAGCGCUCUAUUUUGAGGUUAUAUCGCAAAUAUCUAUUUGCAUCAAGUUGUUCAUGCUUUUGAUUUAUAUCGUCUGUUUUAUCAGCCGUAAAUUUCCUGCAAUUCAAAAAGAAAGCAGAACUUUACAAUAGGAGAGUGCUGACAUUGGCUUGGAACAGUAGAAAUCUAUAAAUAUCCCAGCCUUUCUGAAGGAGGGAAAAUACUAUGAAAAUCAAGUAGGUCAUAAAGUCGUCCUACAAUUGUAGGAACGACUGUCCAUACGGCCCUAAGGUUCCUAGUAUGUCUAUAGGAAGUUUCGAGUUUUGUUUGUUUACAAGUUUUAUGUUUAGUUUCAUCAAUUUCAUUACGUUCUCAAUUCACCUACGAUUUUUUUAUAAACUAAUUACGAUUUCAGUUUUUAUACAAAAUGACGUACAUACCAUAGGGGGGAUACAAAUCUGUGGCGUUUUCUGUGUAUGUAGCUCAAAAAAGUAUGGUUGAAGAUGUGUUGUCACACUGUAAUAUGUAAAUAGUACAUAGAUCCAUAGAAUAUGAAAAUGUCUGUCAAAUGAAGCAUCUCAAUUAAGAGAGCUUUUUGGUGAAACCAAAAAAAUACUUUUAUUUUUCUUACUGUACAUACUUCCGUUGCAUAUGAUUUUUUUUUUGAUUGCUUACGUACGUAUUAUUAGCAUUAUUUUAAGCCGCAUUGAAAUUGUGAAAAUAGGAAAGAUUUUUGUAUACAGGAAUAAGAAGACACAUUUUUAUAAAA